UAAAACAACAAAAAAUAAGUAUAAAGUCAACUCUUAUUAGAAAUACAAUGACAGCAGCAUACAUAACAUAGGUGGUCAACCAGUAUUUAAAAGAUUUAUAAAGUUGAUAAAUAUUGUUCAUCUCAUAAUUUUCAUAAUCAAAGAGAUAAAAUAAGAUGAAUGAUUAUGAUGAUCGAAGUGUGAUGAUAAAGAAAAGCUACUUUGAAGUGUUGGGGCUGUGUUGUGCAUCAGAAGUUUCACUGAUUGAGAAAAUUGUUAGGGCUCUUAAUGGAGUCAAACACAUCUCUGUCAUCGUCCCAACCAAAACACUCAUUGUUUUUCAUGAUUCCCUUCUCCUUUCCGAUUCUCAAAUUGUUGAAGCCUUGAACAAGGCAAGGUUGGAAGCUAGUGUUAAGCAAAAGGGAGAUGAAAAAUACUUAAAGAAGAAAUGGCCAGUCCCAUCGGUCAUGGCCUGUGGAUUAUUACUUGCUAUGUCGUUUAUGAAGUUCUUAUAUCAACCCUUAGAGUGGUUGGCCCUUGGCUCUGUUAUCAUUGGUGCUCCCUCCAUUAUUAUCAGAAGUUUUACCUCCAUUUGGAACCUCACACUUAAUGUAAACAUUCUUGUUCUAUUGGCAGUGGUAGGUACUCUUGCUUUACAGGAUUAUUGGGAAGCUGGAACUAUUGUCUUUCUAUUCUCCAUUGCUCAGUGGCUUGAAUCAAAAGCCAGUCAUGAGGCCAUGGCUGCAAUGUCAGUAUUGACAAACAUGGCUCCUCAGAAAGCUACAAUAGCUGAAACCGGUGAACAAGUUGAUGUCGAUGUUGUUGAGUUGAACACUAUCCUAGCAGUCAAGGCUGGUGAGGCCAUUCCAAUUGAUGGAAUUGUUGUUGAAGGAAAAUGUGAAGUUGAUGAGAAACUGAUGACUGGUGAGUCCUUUCCAGUUACAAAAGAACAGGACUCUACAGUUUGGGCAGGCACCAUAAAUCUAAACGGUUAUGUUAGUGUGAAAACUACUGCCUUAGCCAAAGACUCUGUGGUGGCAAGAAUGACGAAGCUUGUCGAAGAAGCGCUUAAGAAAAAGUCUCGAGCAGAAAGAUUUAUAGAUGAGUGCGCAAAGUACUAUAUUCCAACUGUUAUGAUAAUAUCAGCCAGUGUUGCUGUUAUUCCGGCCGUACUAAGAGUUCCAAAUGAAGAGUACUGGUUUCACUUGGCUUUGGUUGUUCUUGUAAGUACAUGUCCAUGUGCACUUGUCAUCUCCACACCUGUGACCAUUUUCUGUGCGCUUUCGAAGGCGGCCGCAACAGGACUUUUAAUAAAAGGCGGAGACUAUCUUGAACUUCUUGCGAAGAUUAAAACAGUAGCUUUUGACAAAACUGGGACAUUGACAAGGGGUGAAUUUAUGGUGAUUGAUUUUCAGUCUGUAAGUGAUGAAAUCAGCCUCAAUACAUUGCUCUGUUGGGUUUCAAGCAUUGAGAGCAAAUCAAGCCAUCCAAUGGCAGCUGCACUUGUUGGUUAUGGAAGUUUACACUCCAUUGAAUCAAAACCCGAAAAUGUGGAGGACUUUCAAACCUUUCCAGGGGAAGGAGUCUUUGGGAAAAUUGACGGAAAAGAUAUCUACAUAGGAAACUGGAGAAUUGGUCUGAGAGCUGGUUGCCAAAGAAGGUCAUUGGAUGCUGUCCAACAAACAAGUGGAAAAACAAAUGGCUACAUAUUCUGUGGAGCAACUCUAGUUGGAAGAUUUGGGCUCUCUGAUACAUGUCGAUCUGGGGCCGCAGAGGCCAUUGAAGGGCUGAAAGAAUUAGGCAUUAGAUCUGCCAUGCUUACAGGGGAUAGUAAUGCAGCAGCCAUGCUUGCAUGGGAUCAGUUGGACCGUUCUCUAGAGAUUAUCCAUGCCGAACUUCUGCCUGAGGAGAAAGCCAAAUUCAUUGAAGAGUUUAAGAAGGAUGGACCUACAGCAAUGGUUGGAGAUGGAAUAAACGAUGCUCUUGCACUAGCUAAGGCUGAUAUUGGCAUAUCUAUGGGCAUUUCAGGUUCAACACUGGCUAUGGAGACAGGAGACAUAAUUCUCAUGUCAAAUGACAUCCGGAAGAUUCCAAAUGCCAUUUAUCUUGCAAAAAGGACAUUCAAAAAGCUGGUUGAGAAUGUCCUUAUCUCCAUCACUACCAAAAGUAUCAUACUAGCAUUAGCAAUUGCAGGCUAUCCUCUUGUUUGGGCAGCUGUUCUAACUGAUGUUGGGACAUGCUUAGUUGUAAUUCUUAAUAGUAUGCUACUUCUGAAAGACACCCCAAACCUUGAUGGAGGCGUUUCCAGGUCUGAGUACGGGACUUUCUCUUCAGUGUCAUGUAAAAACAAUGAAAGCAAAGGUCACUUGAAGAACAAUAGAGGUUAUGGGCUCCUGGAGACAAAGGAUUGUAACAAUGAAUGCUGCAAAAAAAUCACACGUGAGGUGAAAAAGUUAGACCCGAUUUCCAAGCAAGGUGGAAGCAGCAAACAAGUUUGCAGAGCAAAAAAAUGCACUGAUGGAAGUUGUCAGAAGGUCAUAAAUGUUGGAGGCUCGAACAAGUCGCAUUCGGAACAAAAUACUUGCCAGAAAAAUGACAGUCGAUGCUGCUCUAAAUCUGAUGUACAAAAUUGUUGCAAGAAAAAAUCUUCAGUUAGAACGAACAAUAUAAAUUCGCACUGCUGCCAGAAAAAUGAUGGGGCUUCUAGUGAAUUAAACUAUUGUGAAGCCAUUGACGUUGCAUGGGGUACUAACUUUGUGGAAAACAAUGUUACUGACCCCUAUAAAAGAUCAAAGAAGAUGGAAACUGAUAAUUACUGCAAGCAAAUGGAGAAGCAAUGUCUUAAUAAAAGUACCAGCGUCUCAGAAAUUAAUCCAAAGAAGACAGAGAUUGCUGGGUGCUCUAAGCAAUCCAGGGAGCAAUGUUGUCUUAAUUAUGAACAUGGGGCUAGUUCUAGAGAAAACUUGUUAUACAUUGUUAUUGAAUAGGUGCUGAUUGAUGUAAUUCUGGACAAUGAUAUUCUGUAAAAUUUCAGUUGUACAAAAAUAAGAGUCUUUCCUUUUUUUCUUAUUUGAAAAUGAAAAUCAUAUAUUG